UCAGACCCCUAAGUUUUUCGAAGAACAAAAAGAACGGCAGGACGAGGCAGCAGUUUCAAUUUCAUUCCUAAUUUAUAGUAACAGUAGUAAGCAACCAGAAGAACACACGGCAAACAAUGCCUUCGGCUGCUACCACAUUCACCAACAACAACAACACCAGCAAUAGCAAGGAGAAACGCGCCUCGGUCAGCUCAAUUGGUGCGAGCAGCAUUGUCGGCAGCGGCGUGGGUGGUGGCGGCAGCGGCGGCGGCUGCAACAAUAGCAACGCAAGCAACGGACAGCAUAGCAGCAGCAGCAACACCAAUCUCGCUGAAUGUGCCAAGACUGUUGUUGUUGCAGCGGCGGCAGCUGCAGCUGGUAGUGCAGAUAGCCAAACCGAUUUGACUAACAGCAGCACCAACAACAACAAUAAUGUCAAUGCCAAAACGCUGAAAUUGACGGCUGCUGCGGCCGCUGAACCGUACAAUCCGAUGAAGCAAAUUCUGGUCAUCAUUGAGCACAAGAUUCGCAACUUGGAGAAGCGCAAGACCAAACUAGAAUCGUAUCGGGCUAUCCAAAGUGGCGGCAAGGAACUGAGCUCCGAUCAGGCAGCUGCCGUUGCCAAAUACGAUUCUGUACUGGCGACUACGGAAUUUGCUCGUGACUUCUCCAAGCAAAUUCAGCAGAUGUGCAAGGAGGCCGAAAAGGAGCAGAAAAAACAGGCUCGCAAGGACAACCAGGCAAAGACUGUGGCCGAGACUGCUAAGAUUCGUGAUCUCUUGGUUAUGCAAAACGUUCUCUCCUGCUUCAUCGAUGAGCAGGUGCGCAAUGAUUUCUUGACCGGCGAGAAUGGCGCCUGCAAACUGGAAACCAACGAACUGGCGACGCUCGAAAAAUUCUGUGUGGAGGUGCAAACUCGUCGACCGGAAACGGCUGAGGACAUCAGCUUUCUGACGACCGCUCAAAAGGCUGCCGAACUCUUUGCCAUGACCAUUAAUGCGCGCGCCAAGCCUUAUGGUGAGCUGACGUUCGAGAAAUUGCUGGCGCUCUUCCACAAGGUUCAGGAUUGCGGCUAUUUGGACAAGUACUAUUGGAUUCCCUCAACGGAUCAGGGCAACAGCACGGACAGCGGCACGGCUAGUGGUGAGGGCGAGACACUGUUGAACGAUGUGGCCAACAAUGCUGACGUGGCGGAAACUUUGAUGUCUGAGCCAUCGGUGCAUAAUUCUUUGGAGGAAGGUCUGGAUAAGCUGUCGAUUGGCGAUGCUGCUGGAAAUGUGUUGCCCGAGCUUCAUCAGCAGGAGCGUGCGCAUCUGUUGCACGAACCGCCGCAGCAUCAGCAGCAGCGUGUGGUUGUUCAGCCACCGGGCGUCUAUAAUGCUACGCCAGCGGCUGCUGCAGCGGGCAACGCGACGACACCUGUGCAUGUUGUGUAUGCAGCAGCGGCACCGCCGCCACAGCAGCAGCAACAGCCAACGCAUGUGGUGCCACCGACGCAGCAUCCACAUCCCCAUCAGCUGCUGAGCAGCCCCGUGAAUCUCCAGGCCUUACAGCAGCAGCCCCAGGCGGGCGUUGCCGCUGUCCCGCCGACGGUGCCACCGCAGCAACAACAACAGCAGCAACCGCCGCACUUUGGGCCGACGACAGUACGUGCUGUGGAGCAUAAUUACUUCAAGCAGCCGCCGCUGCAGCAACCACCACAGCAGGCAGCAGCUGCUGCCGCUGCUGCAGCUCAUCAUCAGGCAGCAACGCCACAGCAGCAACAGCAGUUUAUGCAGCAGCUGCGUCCGCUGUCCGAGGUACUUGGCACCGGCAGCUUCCACUUUCUGCAGGACAGCGAACUGGAUGCUCCGGUGGAGGUGAUUACUCCCCAGCAGCAGCAGCAACAACAGCAUCAGCCACAGCAGCAACAGGCGCCGCCGCCGCAACAAUUGCCAGUGGCUGGCUUAGUCUUCGAACAGCAACAACAGCAGCAGCAGCAACAACAGCAGAAUCAUGUCGAUGAAUUGCAUACCAUAACCACGCUGACCUUUACCAAUCAGUCCUUCCCGUCCCUGCAGCAGCAACAACAACAGCAGCAGCAGCCUCCACAGCAACAACAGCAGCAACAAUUGUUCUCGCCAGUGCUGAUUGCAGACCAGCAACGCCAACAGCAGCAGCGCAUGCUGAUCGUGGCACAUUUGCCGCCACAACAGCAACAACAACAACAGCAGCAGCAACCACAACAACAACCGCCGCAGCAGCAGCAGCAAGCAACGCCAGCUCCUCAAGGAAUUGGUAUGCAACCAGGCGAUGUGACUGCAGUGUUUCCCUAUGACAGCGCCGUUGUCAGCUACGAGCAGCAGCUACAGCAGCAACUGGCUCUUAACAAGCCGCAACAGCAGCAGCAACAACAACAGCAGCAGCAGCAACAUCAGCAGACAAAGCACAAGGGGCAGCACCCACAAUUUGGGGGCUACAGUGAAAUCAUUGAAAGCGAUGUGUUCCAAGCUGAUGACAACAACACGAAUGCAGCUGCCACCGCUGCACUGACCAAUGUGCUCAAGACUCAAUCAUCGGCACUGGUGGAGCAAUCGCCAUCUACAGCCACUGCUGGUGGAGCAGCAGCAACGCCACCUUCCGCUGCAACCAACAGCAGCAGCAACAACAACAACAAUAGCAGCAACAGCAGCAAGUGGAGCAGCGAGAUGAAUGCGAUGAGCAGCACUGCAUCGAAUGGCAGCAACAGCAGCACUAACAACAAGCAGGAAUGGUCAACACCACGCGACAACAGCAGCGGACGCGGAGCUGGUAACUACGACAACAACGAUACUGCCAACAAUCACUGGAACAACUCCAACUCGCAGCAGGAUAAUGGCAACCAGGUGCGUCGCAAUUCUGGCAACUAUCAGCAGCGUCGUAAUGGUGGCGGUGACGAACGUGGUCGCAAUGGCGGCGGCAAUUACCGCUCGAGACAGUACGGCAAUUCGUCGUCGUCGCAACAGCAGCAGAAUGGACGUAACAGUGGCGUUUACUUCCGCAACAAUGAGUCCAACAGUGGAGGCGGCGGAGGCAACGGCAACAAUUACUAUCAGAAUGGCGGCGGCGGUGGAGGAGGUGUUGGUGGUUACAACAAGGAGUCGCGCUAUGAUUCAUCUGGUGGCGGCGGUAAUUCGUAUCGUGGCCAGCGCGGUGGCAAUCAACGCAACGGCAACGGACCCUUUGGACGUCCAAUGGGUGAUCGUGGCCGCAACACGGCCGGCGGCUCUGGGCCGGGCAAUGGCGGUGGCGGCAGCGGUGGCUACGUGAAUCAGCGUCAGUCACAGCAACGCAUGCCGCUGAGCCUGGAGAAUAAAAACUGAACAGUGAGCGGGAGAAGAAGCAGGAGAAGCGUCGAUGUCGACGGCGGCGCAGCUGUUUGGCCGUAGCCCAUGUAUUAAACGAAAAGCUCCUCUCACACACACACACAUACACUCUCUCUCACUCACACAUCCAUCUACAUAUUUACUAUAUUAGCACCACUCUCACACAUCCACAUCCUUCACGUUCACACAUACUUUACACGCAGCGUUGCCACGUUAGCAGUCGAUUUACCGUUAGUCGGCAACGCGCAAAAAAGCUCCAAAAAAAGAAUACAAACGAAAACAGUUUGCGCAUUUUUUUCAAAUACAAUUAAAUGUUUCUAUAUAAUGAUUUAUUUAAUUAAUUAAU